CUAACAUUCCCGACCAUGAGUUCACUAAGCUACUCUCCUCCUGCUAAAGAAGAGGUCUGCUGGACGGAGGAAGAGGGUCUGUGGCUGAACGUUGUCGUGAAAGAGGAGGAAGAGGAUGUCACAAUACAAAAACAAGUAAGGGGUGAGGCUGUUACCGUGAAGAAGAAGAGAGACGUUUCAGUUAAAGAAGAGGAAUAUUCGCAAAGAGUGAAAGAGGAGGAGGAGGAGGAUGAAACUGGAUAUCUGGGCUCGGUUUCCCAAAGGCAUGUUAAGGCAUCCAAUGGUUCUAACGAUAAACGGACCCUGAUUAACACUAGAGAGAGACGUGACUACCGUGGAUACUCUGGGGAGCCUCAAAAACCUCAUGAUGCUGACGAGGCAGAGAAGAGUCUCUCCACAUCAGAACACCUCAAGAAACACCAGCAGAGAUCCACAGGGAAGAGAACUCACCACUGCUCUGACUGUGGGAAGAGUUUUGUUUCUUCAGCAGGCAUUAAAAUUCAUCAGAGAAUCCACACAGGAGAGAAACGUUUUAGCUGUACUCAAUGUGGGAAGAGUUUUACUCAAUCAACCAGCCUGAUAUCACACCAGAGAACACACACAGGAGAAACCUUAUAACUGUGAUGAAUGUGGGAAGAGUUAUGUUACAUCUAACAGUCUGAAAUCACACCGUAGAACACACACAGGAGAAAAAUAUUAUAGCUGUGCUCAAUGUGGGAAGAGCUUUACUGAGUCUAGCUGUCUGACUAAACACCAGAGAACACACACAGGAGAGAAGCCUUUUAGCUGUAAUCAAUGUGGGAAGAGUUUUACUACGUCUAGCAAGCGGACUACACACCAUAUAACACAUACAGGAGAAACC